AUGGAUCCUCAGAAUAUGAUGGCCGAUUCGGACUUCCGUAACGGCCGCUUCCUCACAUGCUCUGCCAUAUUUCGCGGCAAGAUUGCAGGGAAGGAAGUGGAAGAGCAGAUGCGACGCACUCAAGACAGAAAUUCGGCUUAUUUUGUGGAUUGGAUUCCUAAUAAUGUGCAGUCUUCGCUAUGUUCUGUGGCUUCCAAGGGUCUCAACAUGUCGAGUACCUUCGUAGGUAAUUCUACCGCCAUCCAGGAUAUCUUCAAACGGGUAGGAGACCAAUUUCAGGCCAUGUUUCGCCGUAAAGCGUUUUUACACUGGUAUACGGGAGAGGGCAUGGACGAGAUGGAAUUUACUGAGGCAGAAUCCAAUUUGAAUGACCUUGUGGCCGAAUACCAGCAGUAUCAGGACGCAACUGCAGAUGAUGUCGACUUCGACGAGCAUUGGGGUAGGGACGAAGAGGCUGGUGUGGAUGAAGAAGCAGGUGGUAGAACGGAGCACCAGUAG